AUGGCUCUGGCAGGGGUCCCGGGGGCCCCGGUGUUGCCGUUGGAAACAGCAGCAGCAGCGCAGCAGCAGCCUCAGCAGCAGCAGCACCACCUUGGCGCUGCCACCUGCUUCGGCGUGCCGCUGCAUGCACGGGGCCUCAGCAGCAGCCGCAGCAGCAGCGAAGGUGCAGCAGCGGACGCGUUUAUGUGCGGGUCCGAGUUGCUGCCGGCCGCGGCGUCGCCUGGGGGUUUGGCAGCAGCAGCAGGAGCAGCAGGAGCAGGGACAGCAGCAGGAACCGGAGCAGCAGCAGCAGCGGGAGGCCUGGGUGGCUUCCCUGGCGGCUGCGUGCGGUGUUCUCCUCAUUUUUUUGGAGCAGCAGAUGCUGCAGAGGUUGCUGAGGCGGAGGGUGCGAAGAGCGGGGUGUCUGGUGUACAGGGUGUAUGUGCUGCUGCUGCUGCUGCGGGGUUGGGGGAGAGCAGCCACGGCUCUCUGGUGCAGCCUGGGAGCAGCAGCAGCAGCGGAUACGGUUCUCCGAACAGCAGUGGGGGGACGGCGGGGGCAGGGAGUCAGCACAGCCUGAUGCCGUUGAGCAGCAGCCCGAGCGGCGGGAGCAGCAGCAGCAGCAGCAGCAGCAGCAGUUGCUGCGUGGGCGUGGCUUACCGCGGGAGCCCGAGCGCUGCGGGUGGCGGCGCGGGUCUGGUUGGGAGCUGUUCGUCGAGCGCAGCAGCAGCGAAGGCAGAGCAAUGCAACUAG